AUGAAGUUCAUUUUGGUUUUGGCUUGUCUGGCCCUCUAUGUGGGACACACCUCUGCCCAGGACAACUGCGUUGGACGUCCCCUUCUCCAGGUAUGCACUGGCGGCAAGGACGAAGGCAACAACCGUCAUUGGUCAUGUCGACCGAGAUUCACGCAGGUGAUGUGGUACUACAACAGUCGCACCAGGGACUGCCAAACGAUGAGAUAUCUGGGCUGUGGCGGCAACAACAACCGCUACUGCUCUCUUGCCCAUUGUCGCAGAAAGUGCCGCUAG